AUGAGUGCCGAUUUAGUUAACGAAAAUCAAGCGGUGCACACACAAUGGGACAAUAGGACCCCUAAGGAGAAAUGUGAAUACCGACUUAGACUUAGUGUUUCUACUUUGCUUGGGAAAAGGUUGUUGAAUGGCGGAUUGGCGUUUCGUGGACAUGAUGAAUCAAAAGAUUCAUUAAAUAAAGGGAAUUUCUUAGAGCUUUUAGAACUCAUGGGUGAAAUGAAUGAAGAUCUUGCUAACGUUAUCUUAGAUAAUGCAACCGCGAAUAACCAAAUGACAAGUCCUAAAAUUCAAGCGGACAUCAAACAUUGUUAUGCUCAAGAGGUAAUUAAACAAAUUUUAGAAGAACUUGGUGAUGAUGUUUUUUCUUUAUUAGUAGAUGAAUCAUGUGAUGUAUCAAAAAAAGAACAAAUGACGGUUGUUAUUCGUUUUGUUGAUAAAGUUGGGAUUGUUAAGGAGCGUUUUAUUGGGCUUGUUCAUGUCAAAGAGACAAGCGCAAUAACACUCAAAACGGCUAUUGAUGAUAUAUUGGCACGUUAUGGGUUAAGUUUGAAAAGGAAGGUGGCCAAGAAGAAAGACGAACAUCACAAAUCGGCAUUAUUACGAGUAUGA